AUGUCUAAUGCAAGCCAAUCUGGAUCAUGGUCGGCGUUUCUCAAGUCUAUCACGUCUUUUAAUGGGGACUUAUCGACAUUAACCGCACCUCCGUUUAUUUUAUCACCUACGUCAUUGUCAGAAUAUUCAAAAUAUUGGGCAGAAUAUCCACAAUUGUUGAUUGAACCUAGCUUGAUUACACUGUCCGAAGGUGCCGACAAUUCAGAGAGGGAUGCGAUGGCAGCAAAAAGAAUGAUUGCCGUAACUAAAUGGUUUAUAUCAACAUUGAGGUCUCAAUAUUGUUCUAGAAGUGAAAGUAUGGGAACUGAGAAGAAGCCUUUGAAUCCGUUUUUAGGAGAGGUAUUUGUAGGCAAGUGGGAUGAUCCUUCAAGUGAUGGAAAGGUGGGAGAAACUGUGUUAUUGUCGGAACAGGUUAGCCAUCAUCCUCCUGUUACAGCUUAUGCUAUAUACAAUGAGAAGAAUGAUACAGUAUUGCAAGGCUAUAAUCGAAUUAAAGCAACUAUGUCAACGGCUUUCAUCAAUGUUAAGCAGUAUGGACAUGCCAUAUUAGAAUACAAAGGCUUGAAUGAAUCAUACUUGAUAACAUUGCCUCCUCUUCACAUCGAAGGACUAAUAACUGCAUCACCAUUUGUCGAAUUAGAGGGUACAUCUUAUAUCCAAUCGUCAAGUGGAUACAUUGCAGUGGUUGAUUUCUCUGGGAGAGGAUACUUUUCGGGAAAGAAGAAUUCUUUCAAGGCUAGGAUUUAUAAAAGUAAGUUAGACUCUGCUCACAAAGAAAAUGCCAUCGCUAGUAUCAGUGGUCAGUGGUCCAAAAGUUCUUAUAUAGCUCCAGGCUCUAAAUCACCUAGUUCUAAGGAAGAUGAGCUAUUCUAUGAUGCUUCAGCACAGCAUUGUGAGUUGCAAGUUAAACCAAUUGAGAAGCAACACCCUAUUGAAUCUAGGAGAGCGUGGCAAAAGGUCGCAGAAGCUAUUAAAAAGGUUGACUACAACUUGAUUGCGCAGGAAAAGUCGCUUAUCGAAAACGAGCAGCGUGAACUUAGAAAGAAAGAGGAUGAUGCCGGUAUCAAGUGGGAAAAUCGCUGGUUCGACGAAGUGGAUUACCUGCUGUCUGACAUUCACGACCCUUUUAUAAACCUUACCAACUUGGCAAGUUUGUCUAUUCACAAUGCUCCCUCUGGCUCUGUCAAGAAGUCAAAAUAUGACUCUGGUGAUGCCAACCACUGGAGGGUCAACUUUGAUAAAUGGAAGGCUGAAAGUGAAAUAACAAUUUGA